AUGCUGACUUCUCAAGACCAUUUCCUGGACGACGAGCCGCCUCCAUAUCCGCCACCCGCUUACUCGGCCCUGGCAGAUUCAAGAGCUGUCGACACCACUUCUCAUAGGGCGAGCGACGAGCACACAUUCGACGCCAUUCAGGAGAAAAUAGCUUCAUCAAAGCACGGCUACGAAAUAUGGGAAAGCAACAACGGCCUCACGAUCAACCAAAGUGGAUGCAAUCAAGCCGUGUUUCACGUCUCCAGUAAGAUUGAGAUGAACGUCCACGAACUGGUCAUGGGUCGCCAUCAGUCACGGAAUAUCGUGGCUCGAGCGAGACUGCCAACUCGCCAGAACGGCGGUUUCGAGAUUCACAUUGGCUCCAUGCAGCACCCAAAUGACAACGACUGGAUCUCCGUUCGGCACACGAAAGACGGUGGCUUGCUCCACAAGUCAGACUCGUACCGUUUUACCGUGAUGGGGAGACCUUUGGUAUGGAAGAAGACUCACUCCACGGCGCUCGGCUCUUCCAAGCUUGCGAGCAAUGACUACAAGCUAUUGGAUGAAACCCGAGUUGGCGAGAAGGCACACCCUCACGUAUUCCAUCAGGCGACACCAAAAGUCAUUGCCGGUGGCGAUCCGAUUGCCGUCUACCUACAACACGGCGUCCACGGCGCAACGGGAUCAAGGCACAUGCAGAUUGACUGGAUUGACGAGUUUGGAGAUGCAGUGGAAACAGCGGCAUUGAUCACGCUGAUGGCCAUACUAGAGCGUACGCAAAACCACAUCCGACAGGCGGGAAAGCUGCGAGAUACCAGUAGGGACGCGAGCAGAUGGUGCGAUUGA